AAGUCAAUGAAGUGGAUCCUGUAUUUCUGUCCCUGAGAAAGACUCCCAGGCAGCACGCUUUCCAAAGCCUUGAUCCAACUUCGUGUCCUUCACUUUGCAAAGGGCAAAUGCUGAUUGUGCUUAAUUUAAUCUUUAAUCCAAAAUCGUUAUUCGUGUAUAUUCUUCGCUUUUGAUCGGUCACUCUAGUGGCGCCGCACAACUGCGAUGAAGCGCUGCCUGAAAAACUGAACUCAGAGAAUAAAUGCCCCCCGCGGACCACGGUAAUCCCUCUCCGCCAUCACCGAGAAAAGGUAACCUCCUUCCCGCUUCCGUUGACGUGGUGUGAAUAUGGCGGCAAAGGAAACCGUGAACGGCCAACAAAGUGAUCUCGAGAGUAUCGUCAACCGCUGGCUGGUGGAUUAUUAUUUGUUUCUGGCUCUAGAGUCGUUUAAGAAGGACCAAUAUGCGGACUUCUGUGACAUUAGAGACGUACUUGAACGUGUCUUGGCCCGUCCUUUGCAGUCCACUGACGCCAUGCCAAAAAAGAUUCGAGUAUUGCAAUUUCUGUCCCGGAUAAAUGAGGGUGAAAGACUUGACGUGUCAUUUGAGUCUGACCAGUCAAUAACUCCUCUGGAAUCUGCCUUAAUGUUGCUGGAAAACAUGAACCAGGAAUGGAGUAUUCCACAGCAGGAUUUUGAGAAUGUAUGCACAUCAGUUAAGGAAAUGAUCGUGGGAAUUUUCAUUAAGAACAACGAAUUUGACAAAGCAAAAGAGGUGCUGAAUAAACACUUUCCCAAACCAGUGGUUGGGAAGAAAGCUAUAUUCAUGGGUCUCAUCAGGCAGAAGAGUAAAAUGCAUGAAGUCAUCAGGCAAAUCGACUUCCACCAGUUCAAGAACAUGAUGUUGGCCUUUUGCCAGAGGAUCUGCCCAUUCAGUGUUCCCUUUCUUCACAGGGCUGCAAAACAGCUUAUUGAUGAAAGACUUAGAGAGGAAGACGACAAGGCAGCUGGACCUCAUGAGGAAGGCGAACCUGGCCCAUCCUCUAGUCCACAAAUAAACACCGUCCUGUUUGUACCAUGUAAACAUACAAUUAUCCUGAGGGCCGGGCUGGAGGCAGCCUACAAGGCUUUGGCUGCAGGCUCAGAAGAGAGAACAUUUGCUCAGUUGGAGGAAGAGGUGGAGAGAGAGGAGCAGUCAAGACAAGAAGACCUUUCCCUGCGCCUCUCACCUACUCCCAAGAAGGGCACCAAUCAGGACUCAGAGCAGGACGGGCUGUUUCAGAGAGACUCGGGCAGCCCAAUGGAGGCUUCCCCAGCAGACCAACCAUCACAGACAGAAGCUGUUACUCAAACACAGGCAGGUUCACUCUCAAAGACACCAUCAUUGCUGAGGAACAGGCGGCUUUACACUGUGGCACGACUGGUGGUCGAGCCGGACAGCCAGACGAGCUCACAGUGCUCAACAGCUUCUCAGGAGCUAGAGCCUGAACUCAGAACAGAAGAGCCACCACAGUCACCAACUAUAGCCAAUAAAAAAGAUCCACAGAGCCCCCUAACAGACAAUGAGGUUGCCAUACCCUCACGGAAGCACCCCAGAAGAGCCUACAAAAGGUUCAGCAGAGCUUCAAGUCAUUUGGCAGAGUUGUCAACAGACAGUGAUGAGGACUCCCCUGGCUCUGUGGCCAACAGGAAAAGUUGUGUGGGAAAACUCAAUAACCAGUCAAACAGCUCACUUAGCAGCAAUCCAGGUAAUGCAGAUGACGUCUGUAUCAUAGAUUCUUCAUUGGACAGCUCGCCCAAUCUGCUCCCUUGUCACCCCAUCCCUCAGACAAGCUCCACUCCACAAAAGGACUCCGCUCAAGACAAAGAUCCCUCCCAUUCAAAAUGGAAACAACUGUACAAUAAUGCAAAGGAGAGUAAAGAAAGAUGGAGCGAUGAAGAGUCAUAUUUCACCUCCAGAAAGAGCAGCGGAUCAUAUGAGGGCACCAUUUCAAAUUCAGGCCUCAGGAAGAGGAAGUGGACUGAAAGUGAGACCGAGAAGUUGAAAGAAGGGGUCCAGAAGUUUGGAGAGGGGAACUGGAGUAAGAUAAAGGCAUAUUACAAAUUCAGUGAUCGGACAAAUGUCAACCUUAAGGACAGAUGGAGAACACUGAAGAAGUUAAACAUGGUCUGAGAGGUUAAAAACAAGUUGAAGUGGACUUGAUGCCACAAGAUGGGAUAAUGUUAUUGUUCAGCACAGUCCAGUCUUUUUUUUUCUCCCCCUUGUUUUCCCCAUUAAUCAUGUUUGGAAGUCUUGUAUAAUAAAAUGUGCUGGUUGAAUAAAUUUUCAGGGUUCAAUUUGUAA